GACAGUUCGAGGGUCAUUUAAUUAAAGUACGAGAAUCUAUUGAGGUGGUAGGAAUCACCUCGCAGCCGGAAAAUAGCUCGCGAUGAGGGCUUGGAACAUGCUUAAUUUUCAAUCUAUCACUCACUACUACCGUUUAACUAUCCCUUUUCGGCUUUAAUACACUGCAAAUACAUCAGAUAAACACUUAAAAUCAGUAGAAGGGUUUAAAACAAACACAUAGGAGAUUACAUAGGAGGAACUACUCUGAGCUGAUACUCACUCAGUUCCUGCUGGUUUGGGCAAUCUCAACGCUUAUAUAUAGAUCACAGGUGGUUAAAGAGACAUAAAUAAAAGCAAAUUAAGACGUUUUUUGCUGUCUUUACCCCAGUGGACAUGUGUAGUGGGAAGUAUCGCGACUUAUUUCCCCGAGGAGUUAUUUCUCGCACACACCCGGCGCCAGCCGUGGAGGGAGGCUGGUGUGUUAUUUUUGUGUUUUUUGAAGCGAAUUAUCCUGUUGCCGAGGGAGCCAUGCAUCUGGAAACGGAUCUUCUGCUGAGCGUGCAAACAAGAGCGAACUGAGCUGGGAGAGUGUCGUUCGGGCAGCGAUGCAAGAAGGCCGCCUCAUGUCCUUCAGAUUUCCGAGAGCUCCGCACUUCAUAGUGGUUGCCGAACCGUGGCCACCACAUGUCUACCUUGAGCAAGCUUCUGUGAUGGGGCCUCUCAAGGUCACAGGUCCUAUGGGCCAGCUCAUGGACUCACUUGCACAGUCUCUGAAUUUCACGUACAGUGUGGUGCAGAAGGACGGGUACUGGGGAGCACCGCAAACAGACGGGUCGUGGAACGGGAUGAUCGGCUCCGUUGUGAGGCAGGAAGCAGACAUCGGACUUGGGCCUUUCGGGAUGUCGAACUCGCGAAGCCAAGUGGUGGAUUUUACCAUCCCCGUGUUUCUGGAGAUGCUACAUGUUCUAGUGAGUCGCCCAAUGCCCAAGCCCGACCCUUGGGGCUUUGUAGCACCUUUCACAUGGCACGUGUGGGCGGCAAUACUGACUAGUUUUGUAUGUAUGGUUGCUAUCAGCGUCACUGUGUGGAAUCUGCUUGGGUUUGGCGAACACGCAUCAUCCUGGAGUCAUGCUUGGGCCUUCUACAGCAUCAUCAUCAGUCAAAGUCUCCCCUGGGUGCCAGCAGGAAUCACAAUGCGACUUCCUGUCGGUGUGUGGAUGUUGCUUGCGUUGGUCAUGAUUCGAAGCUACAGCGGUGCGUUAACUUCACUCUUGGCGGUGAAAACUGUGGAGAUCAAAUACAACUCCCUGAAGGAUGUUUUGGAUGACAAGAAGCUCACUCUCUUAAUGGAAGGCUCCACUGCCCUCACGACUCAUCUUCAGACGGUGGAGGAGGGAAUUUAUGGGGAUCUGGCGAGAGAGAGCCGUAAAAGGGCAGUGUUUGUAAAGGCCAGCGAGACUUAUGCUGCUGCUUAUGAGCUCAUCCCUGACGGCCACCACGCUAUGCUCGUCGAGAAUGUGGUCUGCAGGAAGGUAUAUUCAGACUACUUUAGCAUGACAGGGAAGUGCGACUUCUAUAUGUCGACUGGGAAUUUUUGGAGGCUCAUCUACGCCAUGAUAGUACAACGUGGGAGUCUCCUAGAUCAGCUGUUAAACGUGAGGAUCCAAGCCAUAAAUGAGUUCGGGAUUUACGAGAGGUGGGCCCUUGAUCAGAUGCCCAACAUGACACAUUGUAUGAAGACACCAAGGAAGAUAAAAUCUAAUGAACCUUUUUCUCUGGCUGAUCUAUGGGCUGUGUUCCUUCUGCUUGGAGCUGGAAAUGCACUUGCAACUGUUCUCCUUCUCUCCGAGUGUCUCGUGUUUGCUCACCUGCGGUCUACUUGCUGCUCAUUGUAACAAGUACUUUCUACAAGCUGCCUUCCAUUAACUCUCAUUAACUUACCUAUUAAAAAUGUCAUGUCCACUUAUAGUUUUGACUUUUCCUAUACAACAUCUAACCCCAAAUGUCUGGUAUGUUUGAUGUUGCUGAAACUGCAUAUCAUAGAAUAAUUCAGCAUGAUAAAUAAAAAAAAUAAUAUGCCACGAAAAUUAUUGAGAUAAAGGCACCCUUGUUCGUGGAGCUAAACUACAUGCAGAGAUCAAAACGCCCGUUUGUCUGAAUGAAAUUAUUGAUGUACUCAGUUUGUGAAUCAUUAGUUGAAAUAAAUCUAACAACCAUUUAGUCUUUGCCUUUUCUAUUGUAAUGUGAUUCACAUGGAUUACUAGGUAUUUUUUUUAUUUGCCCGACGAUCAUUUGCCUGAGGGCCAAUAAUCAAAUGUGAAUAAAAUAUUUAUUAAGUAAAUCAUCAUCAUGUUUUCCUCUUAUUAUUAAGCAUUAUUCACUGAUCACUUCUAACAAUUACUAAAGUCACACACAUAAACGAAUACACACAAAAACAUAACGGAUAAAUGUUAUUAAGAUCUAUUUGAUCUGACAAAGAGAUAAAUAGGUAGGUAGAGACAGAUAUAUAAAUAUAUAGACAAAUAGAUUGUUUGAUUAUACCCACACACUCACACACACACACAUAUAUAUAUAUAUAUAUAUA